CUUUCCCUCUUUGUACAAAACUUCUUUUCAAAUUGCAAAAAUAUCGAGCACUGUGAGCGUGAGCUGAACGGCGAACGGAGAAAAAUCGCCGACAAUGAGUGCCGGCACCGGCGGAGGAGGAGAACGGAGCUCGCCUGCACCUAAACCCUCAAAGUUCGCGGUGUAUCAGAAUCCAGCCUUUUCUGCUGCCCUAACAACGAACAGUCUUCGUCCUUCCAAGUCCACUUUCGUUUUCAUAUUCAUUAUUUCCAUUGCUUCUGCUUCUGCUCUUCUCAGGAGUUUUUCUAGUGGUUGUAGGGAAAGCGGGAUUGCCGACAGCCUGAAAUUCAGAUAUGUUUCUCAAGAAACAGCUUGUCUUAUUGUCAGACUCAUACAGACUUUUGCAGCCAUCGUCUUAUUUGGAACCUUUCUCGCCCUUGUCAAGGCUAUUUAUUUAUGUACAACGAAGACUGCUGAUGUGUCAAUUAUGUCUCCUACCAAAGGAACAAAGGAGAAUACACGUCUGACUAAUCGACAAUUAGGGCUUUUAGGGAUUAAAACAAAUGUUGGGCAAACUACCAUGGACUCUUCGACGAGACCUCCCAAAUCAAGAGGUAUCUCAGCCUCUCCUUCAAAUGUCCUAGUCCCCAUUCAUCAGCCAAUUUCUAGUUCAAACCAUUCAUCUAGACUUAGUAGUGACAAAGUUAGAACUGGUAGUGGAACUAAAAUACCAUCUUUUGGCACCCCAUCAAAAUCACCAGCUUCCCCAUCCUUAUAUCUUGUUUCAGCAUCUUCUUCUCAAUCACCUCCAAUCCAGUCUUCACCAGGUGGGGAAUUGGUUGUCACCCCUUGGUCGAACAAGAGAGCUACUUUUCAUAAAGAGAUUGCAACAGAGGAACAGCUUGAAAGGUUCCUGGCUGAUGUUGAUGAGAGAAUUACUGAAUCAGCUAGCAAGUUGGCAACUCCACCGCCCACCAUAAGUGGGUUUGGUGUAGUCAGUCCUGGUAACCUGCCUAGCUCCACUAAUACAUCUGGAACUCCAAGAAGUACUCCUCUAAGGCCUGUUAGGAUGUCCCCUGGUUCCCAGAAGUUCUCAACUCCACCAAAGAGAGGGGAAGGCGAUCUACCGCCUCCAAUGUCAAUGGAAGAGUCCAUUGAAGCAUUUGGACAUCUGGGGAUCUAUCCACAGAUCGAGCAGUGGCGUGACCGACUCAGGCAAUGGUUUUCAUCCAUGCUGCUAAAGCCUUUGCUUAACAAAAUUGAUACUAGUCACACAAAGGUUAUGCAAGCUGCCGGCAAGCUAGGCAUUACAAUCACAGUUAGUCAAGUUGGAAAUGGAACACCUGAUACUGGGACUGCUGCUAUAUCUGCUACUGAGAGGACUAAUGAAUGGAAACCCUCAUUUUCUGUUGACGAAGACGGUUUACUUCACCAAUUGCGCGUUACUCUUGUCCAGGCUCUUGAUUCUUGCAUGUCAAAGUCAACUUCUGGAGUUCUUCAACCAUCCUCGCCAGAGAACCCCCUGAUCCCUAUUUUACAAGAAUGCAUUGAUGCCAUCACUGAACACCAAAGACUUCAUUCCUUAAUGAAAGGAGAAUGGGGCAAGGGACUGCUGCCACAAAGCGGUGUCCGUGCAGAAUAUACAGUACAGAGGAUUCGAGAGCUUUCUGAGGGAACCUGUUUGAGGAACUAUGAUUAUUUGGGAAGUGUAGAGGGUUAUGGGAAAGGAAACAAGAAAUGGAAUCCCGAGCUUCCAACCGAUUCUCAUUUGCUCCUAUAUUUGUUUUGUGCUUUCCUGGAGCACCCAAAGUGGAUGCUACAUGUUGAUCCUACAACUUAUGCUGGAAUCCAGUCUAGCAAAAAUCCCUUAUUUUUGGGUGUUUUACCUCCUAAAGAAAGGUUUCCUGAAAAGUAUGUAGCUGUUGUGUCAGGUGUUCCCUCUGUGCUCCAUCCAGGAGCUUGCAUAUUGGCUGUCGGAAAGCAAAAUCCCCCAGUUUUUGCCCUAUACUGGGAUAAGAUGCCUCAGUUUUCUCUCCAGGGACGAACAGCACUCUGGGAUUCAAUCUUGCUGCUGUGCUAUAAAAUUAAGACCGGGUAUGGAGGAUUAGUGCGGGGUAUGCAUCUUUCUUCAUCAGCAUUGGGCAUUCUACCAGUUCUUGAUUCAGAAAAGGACGACCGCUGAACAUGAAUCCGUCUUCUCGUAAGAUUUUUGUUGUAGCUUGGUGAGAUAUAUUAUCCUGAGAUAAUAUGGCCUCACUAUCAGCAAUUGUAGUUGUGAAAUUCAGGCUCUUAAACAAAGAAUCAAAGAUUUUAGGCAGAGAUGCUCUUUCCUUCUUUAUUUUACUGCAGAAUUACACCCCUUUCAGCAGUUCUUUUUUUU